AUGAGCAGAGCUGCGUCCUUUGGAGCCAGAGACAUCAGGUCUCAGGCUGCCCUUGCUCUGCACCACGUGCUCACUGUGGUGGGCCCCAUGCCAGGGCAGUGGCUGCAGCAGCUGGCAGUGCUAGUCCUGAUUCUGGUGCUAGCCUGGGGGGCUGGUCCACUAUGGCAGGAGGAUCAGCCCAUCUAUUUGGCAGUGAAGGGAGUGGGGCUUGAUGUCACCUCUGGAAAGGGGUUUUAUGGACAAAGAGCCCCCUACAAUGCCUUGACCAAGAAGGACUCCACUAGAGGGGUAGCCAAGAUGUCCUUGGAUCAUGUAGACCUCACCUGUGACACCACAGGUCUCAUAGCCAAGAAGUUGUAGUCCGUGGAUGAUGUCUUCACCAGCGUGUACAAAGCCAAAUACCCCAUUGUCAGCUACAGGGCUCAGACAAUUCUCAAUGAGUUUGGCAGCCCCAGCCUGGACUUCAAGGCUGAAGACCAGCUGCUUUUUGACAAGAAGGAAGGGUUCUGAGGUUUCAUCUGCAGGAGCAGGUUCUUGGGAUUGUGAGGUAGGAAGACACUCCAGCACUAAAUCUCCUGCAAAACAGGCUGCCUAAAGCUUCCGACUUACCCAGGUUUGAAUAAAACAGAUGCUUAAUCUGGAAAAAAAAAAAAGAGAUAAAGCCUAUUUAUCAACCUCUUGAAUAUAGUGGGGCCCUGUGACAUCUUUGGCCAAUAGAAUGUGAUAGUAGUGACUGUGCUAGUUCUAGACAUAGCCCUUUAUUGGUCUGGUAGCUUUCACCUCCUACCUCUUGUAAGAAGUGUGAUUAUCCUGAGACAACCAUGGUAUGAGAAAGCUAGGCCAUGUGAAGCAGCUGCAAAGGAUGAGAUCCCGUAUGUGAGUGGAGAAUCCAUCUGGGAAGUAGAUCCUUCAGGCCCAGCCACUAUCAUGUGGAACAAAACUACCUAGCUAUACCCUUUCCAGAUGCCUGACCCACAAAAUCAUAAACAAAAUAAAUGGUUGUGUUAUGUCAUUAAGCUCUAGGGUAGUUUGUUACUCAACAAUAUGUAAACUAGACCAACCCCCUUUACCUAUACACACAUACCAUCCUGUUAAGAAUCACUGAUGAAGCUGGCCAGGUGCAGUGGCUCAGGCCUGUAAUCCUAGCACUUUGGGAGGCUGAGGAGGGCAGAUCACCUGAGGUCAGGAGUUUGAGACCAGCGUGGUCAACAUGAUGAAAUCCCAUCUCUACUAAAAAUACAAAUUUAGCUAGGCCUGGUGGCAUGCGCCUAUAAUCCCAGCUACUCUGGAGGCUGAUGCAGGAGAAUCUCUUGAACCUGGGGGAUGGAGGUUGCCAUGAGCUGAGAUCAUGCCACUGCAAUCCAGCGUGGGCAACAGAGCAAGACUCCAUCUAAAAAAAAAAAAAAAAAAAGAAUAGAACCACUGAAGGACCUAUAUUGUCUCCCUGGCCUUAACCCUGUUAAGAACCAGUAACAUCCUAUACUGCUGCCCACCUGGCCUAUAUGGAUUAAACCACCCUCCAUGAGCUGAUACUUCAGAAAUCUUAAUCUUAACUCUUUUCUGAGCUCUACACCAGUUACUUAUGUAGACGUCCUGCUGGUACCUCAAAUGCAACACAUUUGUUGCUAAGCUGAACACAUCAGCUCCCUUUUUAAAAGUCCUGUCCCCUUUUGCAAUUAAUUGUACCAUUGUCUACCAAGUCACCCUUGGAAUAAUUUUUUAUUCCUCUGUUUCACCUGGAGCAGCCAUUAAGUCACAACAUUCUUUUUGUCUUCUUCUUUCUAUCCUUUUUGUCAUUAUCCUAAUAAUGACUUUGUCAUCUCUCAGCUGCAUUACCGCAGUGAUCUCUCUGCCUUUUAUUCUUUAGUCCAUCUUCCACAAAAUGACCAGAGUGAGCUUUCUAAAACAUGAGUAGGUUCACAUUAUUUCCCUCCUUCAAAAGCAGCAAUAGUUCCUGAAUGCUCACCAGGAAAAUCUCACACUUAGUAUGGCAGGCAAUGUCCUCCAUUAUUGAGUGGCAAAGUAACUUCUCUACCUGUCAUCCAUUACCUCCUUAUCACAACAUAACUCUCAGCUACCUGGUCUACUAGCUGCCUUCCCCUGACUCUGGGCUUCUGUACAGACUUUUUCCUCAGUAUGGAAUGCCUUUGCACUCUUUCUCCACAUGUAGAAUUUUUUUGAGUAUCUCAAAACCCAGUUCAAUUUUCAUGUUUUCCUGGAUGUGUUUUCUGAUUGCUCUUUU